UCCUACUGGAUCUAUUAAAAGCAGAUUUUUAUGUUCCUGAUCCCUUUGUGAGGACACCAAACGCUUUCGGGAACAUUUCCGGCUUCUUGGAUUGAGGUCACACAAAAGAGAAGGUGGGGUGAAGCGAAGUGGAGCAGAUCGUGGUCCUGAAAGUCCAGUCAGAGGACUUGGUGACACAAAGUUCAUUCUCUCCUCAAGAACAGACGGACAUGUCUGCUGAUCCCCGGCCAGGCUGGAGGCCCUGGAGAAGCCGGCCAAAGGAGGAAGAAGACGACACGGGGCCAAGGACGGGUCCAGGCGCGCAGUUGGGAGAGCCGGGAAAAUAUGCCUACGCAGCUCUCUGUGCGGUUUCCUUGGCCUCGUUGUUUCCAGACCAGGAGGAAAGCGCCUACAGGACGGGAGUGGUGGAGGAGCUGGUCAGGUGGCUGGAGCUGUCGGACACCGUGAUGCCAUCCAUGCUGGCCUUUGCUGGAGGUCUGGGGGCUGAAGGGACGGAGACCUUCGCUCGGAUUCUUCUGAGCGAGCCGCUCCUGGCGGAUCAGCCCGGCUCCAUUAUGCUGGACCUGGUCUCCUUUUCUCUCAAGGACGGCUCCUACGAUGCUCGCAUGCGGGUGCUUGUGUCCCACAUGGCCGGCUUGCUGACGAUCCCAUUGGCAGAACUGGAAGACGCUGAGGACUAUCUCCUUGAAUGUCUGAAGGACGAAAAAGAGGCAGAAUCGGAAAUGGAUGAAGACAAGCGGAAGAAGGAGAGAAGGAAGAGGCUGAAGCGUUACCUGCUGAUUGGCUUGGCGACCGUGGGCGGAGGGACGGUCAUCGGCCUGACCGGAGGGCUUGCAGCGCCCCUGGUGGCUACCGGAGCAGCGGCCAUCAUCGGGACUGGGGCCAUGGCCUUGGGGUCAGCAGCUGGGGCGGCCAUUAUCGGUUCGCUCUUUGGAGCCGCCGGAGCAGGACUUGUGGGGUACAAGAUGAAAAAGCGUGUGGGAGCCAUUGAAGAAUUCGAAUUCCUUCCCUUAACCGAAGAGAAGCAGCUCCGUAUCACCAUUGCCAUCACUGGCUGGCUUUCUCCGGGGAAAUACGGCAGUUUCACGGCUCCUUGGAGCAGCCUCUUACAGUCCAAGGAGCAAUACUGCCUAGCCUGGGAAUCCAAAUACCUGCUGGAGCUGGGCAGCGCCCUGGACACCUUGUGGAAUGGGCUGGUCAACAUGGUGGCUCAGGAGGCCCUGAAGUACACCGUCUUGGCAGGGAUUGUGACGGCCCUCACCUGGCCUGCUUCGCUGCUGGCGGUGGCUGGUGUGAUUGACAACCCCUGGGGUGUGUGUCUCCAUCGCUCCACUGAGGUGGGAAAACACUUGGCGCAGAUACUUCUCAGCCGGCGGCAGGGCAAGCGGCCGGUGACCCUGGUUGGCUUCAGUCUUGGCGCCAGAGUGAUCUACUUCUGCCUGCAGGAGAUGGCCAAGGAGAAAGAUUGCGAAGGGAUCGUUGAAGACGUGGUGCUGCUGGGGGCCCCGGUAGACGGCGAUCCCAAAUCCUGGAAACAGAUCACCAAAGUCAUUUCAGGCAGGAUCAUCAAUGGCUUCUGCAGGGGAGACUGGCUGUUGAGGUUCGUCUACCGCACCGCGUCCAUUCAGCUGAACGUCGCAGGGCUUCAGCCCGUCUGCCUGGAUGACCGCCGGAUGGUGAAUGUGGAUCUGUCUUCCAUUGUGAACGGCCACCUGGACUACAUGAAGCAGAUGGACGCCAUCCUGAAGGCCGUGGGGCUCAAAACGAGGCCAGGCCUGCAAGAACAAGGGGGCCUCCUGGCCGGGCCUCCUCCCCCCAGCGAGGAGGAGAAGCAGGGGGUGGCUCCAGACGGCGCAGCCUCUGAGGGGCCCAGUGGACUCGGCAGGCCUGGAACGGGUGGACCCAAGGAGGGGGAAGGCCUCAACGGCAAUGAAGACUCUUGGUGCUGGGCGCCGGUCUCCACUCCCGGACAGGAAUGCGAAGUUUCUCCAGCAAGGGCCUCCCAAAAGGAAGAUCCUCCUGAAAUUCACUCCUCUUCCUCCUCUUCCUCUCCCUCUUGAUAUCCCCCAAGUCUUCCUUGCAGACCUCGGGGUGCCCAGGCAUGGGGGGGCAGACCUGUU